AAUAUCGGCGAUUAGAAGAGCGAUUUUCAGUUUAGCCCUUCUGGCUCUGAGUUGCAAACCCUAACGCUCAUUGGAGUCUAAAAACUCGUCUGUUGUUUAAUUAGGAUUACAAAAUGAAAAGGGCAUGGAAUGAUAAGGAUGAUGAUUCAUCGUCAUCGUCAGACUCAGAUGCUGAAGUUGAUGACAAUGUUGCCAAGCCAAAGAAAAAAACCUCUCAAGUCAAUUCUGGAGGGAAAAAGAGUGUUGACUAUGAAGCAUUGAAGCAAUAUGGCUAUAAAGGUGGACUAUCAGUUCUAAAAGUGCCCCCACCUAAAGAAGAUGAGAAACAAGACUGGUCUUGGUCUACUGGCAGAGAACAUCGCGAAGCUAAAGAGUUUGAAGAAUCCUCUCAAGAACAACAAAAAACAAGAGCUGCUGUGCCAGUUGAAGUGCCCUUGACAUAUGUACAAACUCAGAAGGAGAAGGAUAAGAAGAACCUUUCUUUCUCCCAGAAGGAGAAGAGAAAAAGAGAGCUUGGUCAAGCUAGCCGGGGGAAGAGUUAUGUUGAAGAAGAGAAGAGGUUGUUAAGAGAAAGUGGUAUUUAUUCUGGGUUUGACACAUGAUCUGAUGCUUACAAACAUGUUUUUGUUGAAUAUAAUGCUUGUCGUGGCCUAAUCAUUUCGAACCUUUAUUGCCGCAAAAAUUGUGCUGUAACUUGUAAUUAAUAUUUCUCAGGAUUACUUGCUCUACAAAUGUGCUGCAUUGCAUAGAUGUGAAUGAGUAUCCAGGAAACUAGAAAAUAUAAACUGACCCCUGUGCACGGGAAAUUUAAUGCAGUCUGAUUCAUUAUUUUUGCCGAA